UUCGAGUUCCUUAACAAGUCACUAACAAAAAGAAGAUUUUUUAAUUUCCUGUGAUUUGUAUUACAUUUCAAUUUGCACGGCUGGCUUGAAUGAUGCCGCUGCAAGUAGCUUGCCAUUUUGUAAAUUAUGACUAUUGUUUAUUUUUUUGGAAACUAUAGUCAAUGCUCUAUCAAUACCGUUAUUAUCAAAUAUCAACUAAUAAAGAGCGGAAGUCUUCUGUUCCAACAGUUAAUAGGAGAAUGUCUUUUAUUUUUUUAGGUUAUGAUUUAAAUGAAAAUGGGUGAAAGCAAGCAAGUGCGGGUGGACAACUGGGGAAUAUUCUUCCUCCAGCGACUACAACUAUUUUUCAGUAAAACCGAUUACUGUGAUCUAACUUUGCAGUUUGAGGGUAAUGUCCAGCUGAAAGUACAUAGACUCGUAAUGAAUGCUUGUACGGAAUAUUUCACGUUUUUGGAGCAGACUUGUCCUGCUCUCGAAGAAAAUACCAUACUCAUGCCUUCGGAUCUUCAGUCUGAUGUUAUUGUGCCCAUAGUGAAUUUUAUGUAUACAGGUAUGCUGGAAUUCCGUACAUCUAUUUUUGAGAAACUGUAUAAGGCAGCGGAGUUGAUGAACAUAACUGUCCUAACUAAGCUGCUUGAGGCACAGGAAAUUCAAAUUCAAUAUGCGAAAUCAAAAUUGGAGAAUAAACCCAAAGCUGGACUGAAAAAAGCCACUCCAAAAUCUUCUUUUUCAACACCUGACUUACCGCCUACUUUGCCUGGUAGAAAAGUCCCUGUUUGGAAGAGGAAAAAUGCCCCCCCUACCAUUUCCACUCCUUCAUCACAUAAUGCCUCACAGCAGAGCUUUUGUGAUGAACCGAGGCAUUCGGUUCCAUCUGAUCCUUUGUGUAUCCUGGAUAAUACACCUAAACCAACCCGUUUUGAGUGGCCUGAAGAUGAUCUGCCACCCAUUGAUUCCAGUUUUGAGGAUAUUUCAUUGACAAGUAAACCAUUGUUGACCAAGGAGGAAGAAGAGAAGGCCCAGCAUUGUUUUGAUGACCUUCGAAACAACGUUGAAAUUAUACCUAAAAAGAAUAUAUCAAGAGCUUCUAGUAGUAAUAUUAUUAGCAAUAUUAACACUAAAGUAGUUGAGGAUUUUGUUAAGGAACAAAAGAUCAGGAGUACCAUGUUUGAAGAUGUUGACGAUCUUGAAAUUGGCCAAAAGAGAAAAAUUGAACUAUCAUCUACAUCAAAAGUCCCAUCAAAAAAAGUUAAAUUAACCAACAAAGAAAAGGAAACCACCAUAAGUGUUGAAGGUGCAGAUGUUGUUAACAUAGACCACACUAAAAUCGUCACAGAAAUUUUGAAGAAGUACCCAGAUCUUGUGAAGAAAAAUAAAAAUAUUAAACUGAAAAUCAUGCCUUCGAGUGGAACUAAGUCUAUGCCUGAGAAAAAAGUUCCUUCACCAGAACCUCACAUUAAACCUCUUGACAGUCCUAACCAUGAAGUUAAUAAAUCUAACUCAAAGAAAAAACCAACAAUAACUGAGGAAACAAAUGAAGAAGGUCCGUGGACAUGCAGGAAAUGCAUCAGUGUUGGAGGAGAGCCCCAAGAAUUUGUUCUUUAUUAUCUUUACCGCAAGCACAUGACAGAUGUACAUGAUGAGAUAUUCGAUGCAAGCUUGUGCAAAUAUUGUGGACGGAAAUGUAGCAAUCACAACUUGAUGAUGUAUCAUUUAUAUACGAAACAUGCUUUGAAACCACCCUCUACAUAUAAUUUCCCGUUAUGCGACAAAUGUCCUUAUAUAGCCUUUUCCGAAGCUAGGUUGAACCUGCAUAAACAAAAGCAUGAUCCUAAUGAGAUCCAAUGCCCGGUGUGCAAGUUAGCUUUCACCACCUCACAAACCCUAGGAACCCAUAUUCGUGCGACGAGACACUAUGUCAAGCCUGGCAGAGUCAGCUCAGACUGCCAGUAUUGUAUGAAGAAGUUGCAGUCUGCCAUCAGACUCUUUACGCAUAUCAAAAACGCACACUUGAAAGAAGCCAAGCGAGACGGGAUAGUGUGCUUGGAAGAAAAUGACAGAAUCGAACACUUAGAAGAAGCGAAAGACGAAGAACAACCUAGCACUGAUGAAUAUAUCGUUCCGGAGAUCUUACCUGAUUCCGGAAUACAUAAAGAUAAGGUGAAAAUAAUAUCGAACGUGAAAGUUCCUCCUAAUCGUCAAUCUGCAGACAAUGUUCAGCAAACCAAAGUCAUACCCUUAGAAGCCAGUUCCGAGGCUGAAUCGUUGAACAAUGUUGCCAGUGGAAUCGCCACUAGCCUUGGCCUUGUUGACAUAGUGGUCCUUGACGAAAACCAGCAAUAUAUCCUACAAGAUGGGCAACACGAGCAGACAGAGUUCAUUAUUCCGGAGUUGUCUUCUGGACAGUCUUUUGCCGGGCAAGUCAUAACAACCCAACACAAUUCUUCAAUUCCUCAAGGUAUAAUUCAAACGUCAGGGUCAGAUAUAGGAUCCACUGAUGAACUUGUUAUGGUGCUAACUGAUCACGACUACCCCGACGAACAAGAAAUGGUUCACCAAGAUAAUUCCAACAUCGUUGUUUUAUAUAGUCAUCCCGUGGAAGGGCAAGAGGGACAGUUCAUUACGUCUCAAGGAAAUCUCCUGGAAACUGUUGAAGAAGAAAAUCAAACUGAAACCACGGUUGCAGUUGAAGAUGCCCAUCAGACCGAAAGGGUUAGUGAAUCUGAAGGCAGCGAACUUGAAGGGGUUGAUGUACCUCCAGAAAUAUCUGAAGAAUCCCAACAAAUUAUCAUGAAUGACCCGACGACACUCAGUAUGACUGAAAACCUGAGUAUGGAAACGGAAACAGACAUGGAAAAUGUACAUGAGGAACAGAACAGUGAAGAUGUACAACAAGAAAAUGAACCGAUGGAAGUCGAUGGAAAAUUGGAAGAAAGUAACGGAGUGAAUAUUCAACAGCAAACCAUUGACAAUGUAGAACAGAGAAAUGAAGAACAAGAAAAGCCAUACGAGCAAGAAGCGGAUGAAAGUGUUGAUACUGGAAACCCUGAAGAAAGUAAAGAUCAAGCUGCAGAUCCAGUCGAAGAAGAGGAGGCAGUUGACGAAGAGGAAGAAGUUGAAGAGGAGGAAGAGAGAGAGGAGAAUGAAGAGUCAGUAGAACCAGUGACUUCUGAAGAAGUUAAAAGCCAAGAAAUGGCUUCUACAAACAAUCCAGACUCGCCGAGACAAAAUCAGUCACACAAAAACCAAGAUAAGAACCAGUUGGAUAUCAACAAAACAAUACUAGAUGACUGGGAAGAUGAAUCAGACUCACAACAAAGUGAAAAGCAAGCUGCCUCAGAGGUAUGUUUUCAAAUUGAAUUUCAAUUUUCAAACUCCUUCUAAUCAGAAAGAUGAGCU